AUGCGUUGCUGUCGCGCCACACCGUCAUACGGCGAUGAGGAGACGAGCGUCGUGGCAGCGCGCAGCGGCCUCUGCGGCUGGGGCGGCGCGCUAAUAGGCAACGUGGUCAACAAGCAUGCCGAACGCUGGGCGAAUGGCAAUGGCAGCGCUGCUGCGCAUGAACACAAAACGGAUGACGAUGUGGCGGCGCAAGAGACGGCGUAUCGACACAACAACAAUAAUUGCAGUAGUAGUAGUAGUAGCAGUGCGGAUGGUACGAGGGGCGCGCACUGCGUGUUGCAAGAGCAGCAACAGCAGCAGGAAGAGCGGCGGCGGCAGAGCACCAGCGGUUGGCGGAGCAGCAAUCGGCGGUACAGCAUGCUGCGCUGUAUUCUAUGCAAUCUCAAACAAAGCCACACACCAGCACAACAACAACAACAACAGCAGCAGCAACAAUAUGCGCAACAACGCACGAAAGCGCGUGGUGAUCGACGGCAGGCGCAGUCACAGUCACAACAGCCGCAGGCUAUUGUUGUUGCAGUGGUGGUUGGUGCCUCGAUUGACCAUCAAAUACAACAACAAGAGCCACAGCUGAGCGACAACAUCAAUGUGAAGCAGCACAGGCACACCACAGCCGCUGCUGUUGGCGAUUACAAGAGUGGCAGUGGCAGCCUUUGCGGCCGCAACAGCAGCGGUUCAUCGUAUAACUGUGAUGGCGAAGGCGUGCACAUCGGCGGCGAUGAGGCGCUUUUGUAAAUAGGCGUGGCGCUGUGCAGUUACUAGCAGCUGGUGGUAGAUUCAUGGUUCGUUGCAUACCUCAAGGCUGUUGUGGUGCGGCAUAGUCAUUCGGGCAUCGGAAAUGCGUAAAAUAUUUGUGCUUGAGCCCCACAAAUAUUUUAAAACAUUUCUUGGCUGAGCGAGGAAAACUUCAGAAUUUACUAACGAGUACAAGGUGAACGGUAUACCUGUACAAACAUAUAUACAGUUAAAUUAAGUAAAUAAAAAAAUGCGGUGAAAUAUAAUCAAAGGUGUGCUAUAAACAUUUAUAAACAGCAAAUUUAUUUAUUGAUAAUUAAAAAUUUGAGAAAAAAAGUUCUAAAAUAAAAAAAUUAGAAUUUUAAUUAAAAAAAUUUCAAAAUUUUUAUUUUCAAAAAACAAAUAUUAUAGUAAAAAAUAUAAUUAUUAAGAAAUGUAAUAUUUGAAGAAAAUAAAUGAAAAAAAUUUAGUUUUCGAAUUUCGCGUUAACAAAAUUUUGAUAAAAAUAUAUAAAUAAAAAAAUAUAUAAUAAUUAAAAAAUUAAAGUAUUGAAAAAAGUAAAUUAAAAAAAAUUGAAUUUUCGAAUUUUGCGUUUACAAUAAUUGAAAAAAAAUUCAAAAAUUAAAAAAAAUUAUUAACAUAAAAACAUAAUUAAUAAAAAAUAUAUUAUAUUGGCAGAAAAUAAAUAAUAAAAAUUUAAUUUUCGAAUUUCGCGUUAUCAAAAUGUUUAUUAAAAAUAUAAAAACUAAAAAAAAAAAUUAUAAAAAAAUAUUAUAAUAAAAACAUAAUUUAAAAAAAAUUAUAACAUUGGAAGAUAUAAUAAUAAUUAAUAAAUAUGCUUAUUUUCGAAUUUCGCUUUUAAAAUAUUUUUAUUAAAAAAAUAUAUUUUUGAAUUUUGAAGCAUUAAUACAAUUUUCGGAAAUUAAGGCUACGAUAUAAAGCGGAGAAGUGUAUAUAACCAUACAUAUUAUUUGUACAAUAUAAAUAUGUAUUAUGUGCUUGUAAAAUAUGAUCUAUAUACUAUAUACACAUAUAUGUAUAUAAGUUAGGCUUAGAAAAAUUCAUAUACGAUUAAAAAAUAUGUUUCAAUAGCCUUUAAAGGUAUACAUUUAUAAAUAAGUAAAGCGUUUAAGUCAAUAUACCGGAAAUAAAAAAUAAUAAAAAAAUUAUUUAUUAUUUUAUGCAAAAAAAACAAUGUUUAUUCUAAAAAUAAAAAAUAAAAAAUAUUCAAGAAAAAAUAUUUAUUAUUCUAAAAGCAAAAAAUGUAUUAUUUAGUAAUAAAAACAAAAAUAAUUAUAAUAAAAAUAAAAAAACAUUUAUUUUAAUACCGUCUAAUACGAUAUUUAAUACUAAAAAUAACAAAAAAAUUAAACAAACAAAAAUUUUAAAAAUUUAAAUGCUAACAUUUUUCCAGCAUAAAACGAACAAAAUUGUAACGUUACAGUAAAAAAUUAUUUACCAUAAUUCACACUGCACGUGUGUCUAAUAUUAUAUAUUGAAUGAUUAAUUGUGUUAGUUUGCCAGCGUAAAUGAAAAGAGCAAGCGUGUAAAAUCAACAAAUGUAAAUAUGUAUGUAGCCAACAAAUGUAAUGCUAUUAUUAUGAAAUAUUUACCAAAUCACACACAUACAUGCAUAUUUUUUAUAAGAGCGAUAAAACAGUGAUUUUAUUUGUAUGUACAUAUGUAUAUACGAUUGUAUGCAAAUACAAAAUGCAAGUGUUGGAAAUAAAUUCUGAUGAUAAUAUUUGUGAAAAUUAACAA